AUGAUCACCGCCACUCAGAGUCCUGCGAGGGCGCGGCGUGCUGCGGCCACGUUUGCCGCGCUACUCACACUUGUGCUGCUCGCGGCUGUGCACUGGAGCGGUCACAGUGCGCCCCGUCUGAUGGAGUGGUCAAAGGACAUGAAGAUCUGGAGCGGUCACAGUGCGCCCCGUCUGAUGGAGUGGUCAAAGGACAUGAAGAUCUGGGGCAUCAAUGGGGAUGACGACAAGAUCCAGCUCUCCGCUGAUACAGCGGGUAAGUAUCUCAGCACCUACAUGCAGCUGCACCUCGCCAACCCCCGCCCGGAGCCCAAGGAUGUCCCGCUGACGCCCAGAGCCAAGGAUGCGACAAAGCCGCGCGGACCGCGGCGGCCAAUGGCUCUGGCCGUCAGCGGAGGCGGGUUUCGGACGAUGACGGCGGGCAUCGCCUACGGCCGCGCCCUCUCGCAUGCCUUUAAGGACGACACCGUCGGCAUGGACUGGCGGGACUUCACGCACCUCUCAGGCAACUCUGGUGGGCAGUGGUUUGCGACGCAAUUCUCGUUCGGGGGGAAAUUCUUCCAGGCAAAGCACCCUUGGCCGUCGGUCAACAUCUACAACGCGUGCCGCGGCAGGGGCAUGACCGACAUAUUCGCGGGAUUCCUGCGCGCAGUCUCGAACCUGCUUCGCGCAGCCAACCUGCCGGCGGAGGAUUGGCACCGCUUUAUCAACAACAUGAUGAGCGGCGUCAUCCCUGGCUGGAGGACCGCGCCCAAGCCCCGCCCGACAGAACCAAAACCACAGCCGCGACUUGUGUCGCCCGACUCGCUAGCCUCCCGUCGCCUCAGGGACAUCAAGUACGGCGCGCCCCGCGCGGGCUUGCCCGAGGCGGCUCUCAUCCAGCAGAUCGCCAUUCCGCCCGACACCUGGGUCGGCAAGGACGAGGACGCGCAGCUGGUGCGGCUGACGUUGCCGGAGGGCGUGCCCCCAGGUGCCACGCUGCCGGCCGUGCACGUCGCGAAGGCGCGCUCGAGUCGCGAGGGCUUUGCUGGCUUCUUCGCACCGGGGCUGUGUGACGGGCUCACGCUGACAAAGAGGCCGUAUACGUGCGACUGCAGCUGGAAGGCGCGGUUCUCGUGCCCAGGGGAGGACCGGUCGGGCCUAAUGAACAGAAUAUUUGGCAAGCCUGCUGCGGACGACGGCUCUGCGUGCUUCGCCUACUGCUGCGGUGGCGAGGACCACGCGCAGGAGGCGGCGAACCGCACGCUGCGGACGCGUUGGCCGCGGCCCGGAGAUGCGGACGUGAGCGAGAUCACGGCGAUGUCGUCGGCGGCGGCAGGUGCCGCGGCGUCGCCCACGAUUGUCAAGGCCGCCUUCAAGUCGGUCUUCAAGGAUGUGCUUGCGGUGUUUAGCAUGCUCGACAAGAGGGCUUCGGACGCGCCGACUGAGGAGGAGUUCCGGUGGUGGGCGGCGGGAAAGAGCGACGAUGCCUUUUUGGAGAAGCACAUCGGCGAAUUUGUGGACGAGUGCAUGCCGCUCGGCCUCCACCACCUCGCCGUCGACGUCACGCUCAACCGGACCGAGGCAAACCGUUCGAGAAUCGCCUCGUCGCCGCUGCCUCCGUCGGAGGAGCGGGCCUGGAGCCCCUCCUACCGCGGCAUCGACGGCGUGUACGUUGACAACACCGCCCUCGCCAUGACCGUCGCCACAAUGAUUACGGACUGCCUGGCGGGCGACGAGACCCUCGACUGCGCCGACAAAACGCUCGACGUAGUGCUCGUCAACGACGGCAACUCGGACCCCGCUGCCAACGGGCUUGGGAGCUUCUUUAGCGACACGGGCACGCCGGUCGGCACGUACCAUCACUCCGGCGGGCCAAAGGGCCUGGCUCUGGUCCCGUCGCAGAUGAUCUUUGCCGAGCCCUACCCGAAGAACGUUACAAACUACUUCACGCCGAGCGCGAUUGCGGCGGUCAAGGGUGACAUCCGCCGCCAUCGCCAGAAGAUGGAAGGGCGGGACAUGGACUUCUCCGACAACUUCUCCUUUGCGCCGCCAGAGGAGGAGGAGGGGCUCUCCCUGAGCGACGGCCAGUCUGUCUUUGCCGCGCUGGAGGACGCGAGUGACAACAGCGACGUGGUCGCGGCCGGCUGGCAGGGAGACCCCGACGCUCAACCGCCGCCCGCGACCAAGAAGAAGCGCGGCUUCUUCCCGUGGGAGAAGGCGGAGCCGGUGCCCCCGUACAACGGCUCGAGCCUCGUUUCGGGCACCUUCACUACCAUCGACAACCCGCAGUGGGGCGUCCGUGCGGGCUGGAAGGCGCGCUGUCCCGGGGAAGAAGCACACUACGCCCGCCUCGCCUCCAAUCAACGCCCCGGCCCUGCGCGGCAGGUCAAUCUUCUCGUCUUCUGCCUUGCCUAUCCGCAGGACCCGCUUCUCCAGUCGGGCGUCGGUUUCUCCAACGACCCGAUCAUCCUGCCCGCGCUCACCGCGGCCACCUUCUUCGACACGCUCUACGAGCCCAUCGCCAGGCGCUGCGGCGUAGUCUCGGCGAGGGGCGAGGUGGAGCGGGCGACGCCGCACCUCACUCGCUGGCUACACGAGCGGAGCGUGGAACGCGCCACGAACAAGCGAGCUGAGCGGGAGCGGACGAAGGAGGAGUCGGCGGCGUAG